AUGCGCGUUCCGGCCGAAGGGGGGUAAAUUUCCCAACUCCAGGAAUUUGUGGCGGAGAGGGCAAAUAACCGCGGCUGUCCCGGCGCCCCGAUGCUCGCACCAUGUCGAGGCGCAAGCAGGCGAAACCCCAGCACAUCAACUCGGAGGAGGACCAGGGCGAGCCACAGCCGCGGCAGCCGACCCCGGAGUUCGCAGAUGCGGCCCCAGCGGCGCUGGCGGCGGCGGAGCCGGGUGCUCCAAUGAACCACCCAGGGAAUGAUGAGGAAGCCAGUGGGGAGGAAGCGACGGCAAAGCGCCUUCGUCGGGAGGAGACUCACGUCUGCGAGAAGUGCUGUGCGGAAUUCUUUAGCAUCUCUGAGUUCUUGGAACAUAAGAAAAAUUGCACUAAAAGUCCACCUGUCCUCAUCAUGAAUGACAGUGAGGGGCCAGUGCCUUCAGAAGACUUCUCCGGAGCUGUGCUGAGUCACCAGCCACCUAGUCCGAGCAGUAGGGACGGUCAUAGGGAGCACAGUGGCAGCUCAGGGGACGUGAAGGAGAAGCCGGGUGUGGAGUCAGUGGUGUACUUAAAGACAGAGACAGCUCUGCCACCCACACCCCAGGACAUAAGCUAUUUACCCAAAGGCAAAGUGGCCAACACUAAUGUGACUCUGCAGGCACUCCGGGGCACCAAGGUGGCGGUGAAUCAGCGGAGUGCGGAUGCACUGCCAGCCCCCGUGCCCGGUGCCAACAGCAUCCCGUGGGUCCUCGAGCAGAUCCUGUGUCUGCAGCAGCAGCAGCUACAGCAGAUCCAGCUCACCGAGCAGAUCCGCGUUCAGGUGAACAUGUGGGCCGCCCAUGCCCUCCACGCGGGCGGGGCGGGAGCCGACACCCUGAAGACCCUGGGCAGCCACAUGUCCCAGCAGGUUUCCGCAGCUGUGGCUUUGCUCAGCCAGAAAGCUGGAAGCCCAGCUCUGUCUCUGGAUGCCUUGAAACAAGCCAAGCUACCUCAUGCCAACGUCCCUUCCACUGCCAGCUCUCUGUCCUCGGGGCUGACACCCUUUGCACUGAAGCCGGAUGGGACAAGGGUGCUCCCGAAUGUCAUGUCUCGCCUCCCGGGUGCUUUGCUCCCUCAGACCCCGGGCUCGGUGUUCUUCCAGAGUCCUUUCUCCACUGUGGCACUAGACCCAUCCAAGAAAGGGAAAGGGAAGCCACCGAACAUCUCUGCGGUGGAUGUCAAACCCAAAGACGAGGCCAUCCUCUACAAGCACAAGUGUAAGUACUGUAGCAAAGUUUUUGGGACUGAUAGCUCCUUGCAGAUCCACCUCCGCUCCCACACUGGAGAGAGACCCUUCGUGUGCUCUGUCUGUGGUCAUCGCUUCACCACCAAGGGCAACCUCAAGGUGCACUUUCACCGACAUCCCCAGGUGAAGGCAAACCCCCAGCUGUUUGCUGAGUUCCAGGACAAAAUGGCGGCAGGAAAUGGCGUCCCCUAUGCACUCUCUGUACCUGUCCCUGUAGACGAAUCCAGUCUCUCUCUAGACAGCAAACCUGUCCUCGUAACCCCCUCUGUAGGGCUACCUCAAAAUCUCUCUUCAGGGACUAACCCAAAGGACCUCAUGGGUGGCCCAUUGCCCAACGACCUGCAGCCUGGGCCUUCUCCAGAAAGUGAGGGUGGACCCACACUCACUGGGGUGGGGCCAAACCAUAAUUCCCCAAGGGUUGGUGGCUUCCAAGGGAGUGGGACCCCGGAGCCAGGAUCAGAGACCCUGAAAUUGCAGCAGCUGGUGGAAAACAUUGACAAGGCUGCCACCGACCCCAAUGAAUGUCUCAUUUGCCACCGAGUCCUAAGCUGCCAAAGCUCCCUCAAGAUGCAUUACCGCACCCACACUGGGGAGAGACCAUUCCAGUGUAAGAUCUGUGGCCGAGCUUUUUCUACCAAAGGCAACUUGAAGACACACCUCGGGGUUCACCGAACCAACACGUCCAUAAAGACGCAGCAUUCGUGCCCCAUCUGUCAGAAGAAGUUUACCAAUGCCGUGAUGUUGCAGCAACAUAUUCGGAUGCACAUGGGCGGUCAGAUUCCCAACACACCCCUGCCGGAGAAUCCCUGUGACUUUACGGGUCCCGAACCGGUGAUGGUGGGUGAGAAUGGCAGUACGAGUGCCAUCUGCCAUGAUGAUGUUGAAAGCGUCGAUGCAGAUGAGGUCAGCUCUCAGGAGGGCCCCAGUAGCUCUUUGAAGGUCCCCGGACCUCUCACCAGUAUCCACUCUGCAUCGCCCACUCUAGGGUUCGCUAUGAUGGCAUCUUUAGAUGCUCCAGGGAAAGUGGGUCCCGCCCCUUUUGGCCUGCAGCGGCAGAGCAGCCGAGAAAACGGUUCAGUGGAGAGCGACGGCUUGACCAACGACUCAUCCUCAUUGAUGGGAGACCAGGAUUAUCAGAGCCGAAGUCCAGACAUCAUGGAAACCACGUCCCUCCAGGCACUCUCCCCAGCCAAUAGCCAAGCAGAAAGCGUCAAGUCAAAAUCUCCCGAUGCUGGGGGCAGAGCUGAGAGCUCCGAGAACAGCCGCACUGAGAUGGAAGGUCGAAGCAGUCUCCCUUCAACAUUUAUCCGAGCCCAGCCAACCUAUGUCAAAGUUGAAGUUCCUGGCACGUUUGUGGGACCCUCAACCUUGUCCCCAGGGAUGACCCCUUUGUUAGCAGCCCAGCCACGCCGACAGGCCAAGCAACACGGCUGCACGCGGUGCGGGAAGAACUUCUCCUCUGCCAGCGCUCUGCAGAUCCACGAGCGCACCCACACUGGAGAGAAGCCUUUCGUAUGCAACAUAUGUGGGCGAGCUUUUACCACCAAGGGCAACCUGAAGGUCCACUACAUGACUCACGGGGCCAACAAUAACUCAGCACGCCGUGGGCGGAAGCUGGCCAUCGAGAACACCAUGGCUCUGUUAGGUACGGAUGGAAAGAGAGUCUCGGAAAUCUUUCCCAAGGACAUCCUGGCGCCUUCGGUGAACAUGGACCCUGUCGUGUGGAACCAGUACUCCAGCAUGCUCAACGGUGGUCUGGCCAUGAAGACCAACGAGAUCUCUGUGAUCCAGAGUGGUGGGAUUCCUACCCUCCCGGUUUCCCUGGGGGCCAGCUCCGUCGCGAAUAACGCCCCUGUCUCCAAGAUGGAUGGUUCCCAAUCAGGUGUCAGUGCCGAUGUGGAAAAACCAGGUGCUACCGACAGCGUUCCCAAACACCAGUUCCCUCACUUCCUGGAAGAAAAUAAGAUUGCGGUCAGCUAAGCUAAAGGAGAACUGGCACGGAAGGAGAAACACAGGCAGAGUGAAAUCUCUCUAGAUUUUUUUUUUUUUUUUUUUUUCAUUUUCUUACAGAACCCAUCUCUUCCUCCUGUUUUCUUUUUCUCACACGAUAUGCAAAUGUUUACUAAGGUUGUGACCACAACCUCGGGCAGUCUUACAAUCACGAUUGUUGCUAUGCUGCUUUGCAAAAAAUGAAAAAUCAAAAAAAAAAAAAAUUCAUACCAAAA